CGCAGGCCGCCAGGAGAUUCGACGGCAACAUCGCAUCAUGCUGGGAGCUGGGGGACCCGGCCCGGCUGUGAGCGCCCACCUGGCCACACUGCCCUACGUGCCGUACCCCGGCUCGGCCAGGUAUGGGGACUACUACUGGUUCUCCGCAGGCAGCACGGACAGCGUGCCCACCGAGGAGGCUCCGGCGCCGGACGCGCUGCCCCUGCCCGCGGCUAAGACGCCCAGUCCCUCAGUGGACUCCCCAGCUUCUUCCACCUCUGGGACGCUCACCCAGUACUACACCCCCGACUCUGCCACUAGCCCCACUGCAGCAGGGACCACGUCUCCCCACUCCUCUCUGCAGAAGGUCAAGGCGCACGGCAAGGGUGUGGUGAAGACGGGCAAGAGCCGCACAGCCUUCUCGCAGGAGCAGCUGAAAGCCCUGCACCAGCGCUUCCAGAGCCAGAAGUACCUCAGCCCCCAGCAGAUCCGGGAGCUGGCUGCUGCCCUUGAGCUCACCUACAAGCAGGUGAAAACGUGGUUCCAGAAUCAACGGAUGAAAUUUAAGCGCUGCCAGAAGGAGAGCCAGUGGGUGGAUAACGGGAUGUAUCUACCACAGAAUGGGGUUCAUCAGGCUGCAUACCUGGAUGUAGCACCUGCGUUUCACCAGGUCUUCCCUGUCGGCGCCGGCGGGAAUUUUCAGGCUGUGCCCAACGUGCACCACGCUUACAGCAGCGGACAGACUUACGGGAAUGGGCAGAACCUGUACUCAUUUGUGUCUGUGGAGGAUGAGGGGCUCUGUGGAAAAGGUGGGUCAAGCUGCAAUAGCCAGCAAACCAUGGGUUUAUUAAGCCAGCAAAUGAACUUGUAUCACAGCUACUUUGACAACACAGAUGUCAGCGUGGAUGCAGAAGACACCUUCAACUUCCAGAGCACCUCUGACACUGUCACACCAUUUUCAAGCUUUACACAGAAUCAAUGCCAGUUACCUUGGCAUCCCAUGGGGACUCAGAGUGGGUAUGAGUCUCAGGUCUGAGUAUUUUUUUUCUCCCAUCUCUUGUGUCCACUCAUGGGAUUUCCAGGGGUUUGACUUGGAUACGUUUUGUUCGUUUUUCUUGUCCCUCCUCUACUAUUGCUGUUUUAACUAGUAGAAGGGCUCAGCGCCCUGCUGCCUGGGGUUUGUUAACUGUUUAAAUGUCCCUGUCUGUUCAUAGCUAACCCUUGGCAAAGAUGCUUAGGGUAUUAAAAGAGAUUGAACCUCAUUCAUUGAGGCCAGUGUGCAAUGUUGCAGCUGUGAGCAGCAGAGGUUGUUAAGGUCUGUUUGUUGUACAAGUUUCACCUUCUUCUUUGCUGCUUCUCUAGCAGGUGGUCUCUGAUCCUUGCCCGGUGUGUCUUGCAGCACAGCUUCCACUGCAAAGGAGGUGAACGCUUAUUAUUGCAGAAUAAUGUUUCAUAAAGUUUGUUUUUUGCAGUGUUAACAAGCAUGUUUCAUGUUAUGUCCAUGUUGCGUUUUAUUGCUUUUUCUGGUUAAUGUUUAAUGCUCUUAAUGUUAAAUGUUCUUACAAGUUGUUUGCAUUGAAAAUAAAUUACUCUUAUUUAAAUGUUGUGACGAUGUCACCAGCUUGCAUUUGAA